CUCUUCGGGACGCGUCCGCCGGCAGGACCCAGAAUCCUCUGCGCCGAGGCAAGAUGGAAGAACCCAGCAGCUGCGGGAGAACAAUGUUUUGGCUUUAGAUAUCGCAACGUACAGCCGAGGGUGAACCACACGAGCCACGGCAGCGGGUCAUGGUCCUGCACUGGAUGACACUAAUUGCCAACCCAUAGUUUUCCUGCCCGCCGGCAUCCAUCAUGAACAUCAUUCAAGACAAACUGGGCAAUGAAUACCUGCGCUCCAACGGGAGCAUGGACUCCAAUUUUGGCUCCGGCAUGAUAAUGUUCAGCCACCUCCCUCCAGUGACCAGUUUCACCCGGCUGGCCGCCCACUCUGUCAUGCAGGACGUUAAUCCUCAAGAAAUGGUCUUGAAGAAGGAACGCGAGUCGCCUGACUGCAGCAUGGGUUACCAGGGUGGCCGCAUGGGCUGCACGGGCCCGGGAGACUAUGUUCACCCCAUGGGUAUCAAGCAGGAGAAGCUGUCGGAGCACGAUUACCGCCUGCCGGUUUACCCCGGAGGGCUGGGGAAGAGCACUGAGCUGCUGGAGGUGACUGUCAGCAACAACCAGAACCUGCUGGUGCAUGACCUCAACAUGGCUAACCUGCCGGGUCAGUUAGGAAAAGAGCCCACAGGGAGAAAGGGUCGUAGGUCAAAUGGUGAUGGACAGGAGGGUAAACCAAGAAAGAAGAGAAGCGAGGCAAAGCAAUCAAUGAUGCUGGAUGCAGAUGGCUGCCUGUCGCCGGGAACAAAGCCCCACAUCUGUGAGCACUGCGCCGCAUCCUUCAGAAGCUCCUAUCACUUGCGCAGACACGUUCUCAUCCACACAGGUGAAAGACCCUUCAGAUGCAAUCAGUGCAACAUGAGUUUCAUUCAGAAAUACCUUCUUCAGCGACACGAGAAAAUCCACAGCGGAGAGAAGCCAUUCAGCUGUGACCAGUGUAACAUGCGGUUCAUUCAGAAGUACCACAUGGAGAGGCACAAGAGGACUCACAGCGGAGAAAAGCCGUACAGAUGUGAGACCUGCCAACAGUAUUUUUCUAGGACCGACCGACUGCUGAAGCACAAGCGGACCUGCGGAGAUCCCAUAAAGAAGGGGCUGGAUCCUGGCAUGAUGGACCUCGGUUGUGUAGGCUUGGGAAAUGGCAGCUAUGGAAUCACUCAGGGAAAUGCUGGGAGAAAGAGGGGGAGGUCCAAAAACUCCGGAGAGGGGGGGGGGCGCAAGAAGAAGGGGGACGGAGGAGGGUUGAGGGUACCGCAUAUUCGCGGGAACGUGCCUGAAGGCUACAGCAUCCACGAUUACUCGAUGGAGAAUCAUACCGUGUCCUCCUCCACUGAGCCGGGAUCCAGCAUGCAGCAGGGCCACCAGGGCCGGUCCCCAAAGAUGGCCUUCAAGAAGGCCAACCGCAAGAGCCUGGAUAAAGCGGCCCCGGGACAGCCCAAAGCGGGCUCGUUGGAGCAGAGCGAUGGCAUGGACGGCCUGGGCCUCCUGCACGCUAACGGGUCUAAAGGAGCGCCCGCCACCAGCACCAGCAACUACGACGACGCCAUGCAGUUCCUCAAAAAGCGGCGCUACCUUAACGCGGCCAACGGUGCAAACCCAUCGGGGCCCGGGGUGGGCGGAGGAGCCGGCGGCGAAUACGACGUCGGUCACUUGUCCUCCCACCACGCGGUCAUUCAGGGCGUCGUUUCCAGCGUGCUGGACAGCGACGCGGCGCUCAGCCUCGACAAGUCCGGCAUCCCGGACGAGGUGCUGCAGAGCCUCCUCGACCACUACGCCCAGAAACCCGACGGCUCGCACCACGACGUCCACUUUGACAUCAGCGACCAUCCCGUGGAGCUUCACCACGGCGCGGUGGACUGCUCUGACAUCGGCCACAACCCCGGCGCCUCCAGCCCGUCCGGAGACAAGACCGUCAUGAUGCACGAGUACUCUCGCUUCCUGCUGCAGGCUCUGGAGCGCACCAGCCACAGUGCCGGCUUCCCGCUGGGCCUCGGGUCCGCCGCCUCCGGGCCGUUCACCAGCUCCCAGGGAAACCCCCUCUACGCUGACAAGAACAUUUACACUACGUCCCCGAUGGAGUGCGGGUUCGGCCAGUCUGUGGCCUCGCCUUCGCUGCCCUCCUCUGUGCCAAAGUCUCACUUUGCGAUGCUGACGGGAUCCUCGCCGCAGCACAGCUUCCACCUGAGCGGCCUUGAGGCCUCCACACACCAGCAGCUCACCCCUUCUCAGGAGCUCACUGACCAGAUGGAGAAGCGGCACUCCUCCACUCCCCCGUCCUCCUACCAGAUUAGCCCGUCUGACCUGAGCACCCAGAAGGACCAAGCUCCGCUCAAGAACGGCACGGUGGUCUACGCGCUGGCCCCCUCGCAGGAUUUGGCCUCUCUGGACUCCUCCAAGCCUUCGUACCAGAUAGAAAACUUUGCCCAGGCCUUUGGCUCCCAGUUCAAGUCAGAAGGGCGUGGCCUGUCUUAUGGCGCUGACUCGAGCGGGGAGGUGGAUCACAGAAUACGGACGCCUGUGUCUGAAUUCUCAGGGUAUAGUAGUUUGUUAGCCGAUGUCAAUGAGCCGGUAAGUACAGGUUCCAAAACUACAACAAGCCAAAGCUACAGAUGAGAGAACACUCGUUAAAUUUGGUGUUCUCCUUUAAUUUUAGUGCUCCUAUUUUAUUAAUAUUAUUGUUAUUAUUAUGUUUAAUUUUAUUAUUAUAAUAAUGCUGGUUUUGUGCCCUCUCCUCUCCCCACAAUAAGCCCACAUGGCUUCCUGCAAAUGCAAUUUUUUAAAUUCUGUUUAUUUUAAGUUAAAUGUGUAUUUACUGUUUGUUCUUGUCUUAUUAGUGGCAUUAUGUCUGGUCAUAAUUCAUGAGCUGAAAGUACAUUUUAAAUAAUUAUAGAUUAGUACAUGACCUACUUCUUUUACAAUGAGCUACGGUUUUUGGGCAAUCAACUUUGCAAUUGUAAAACAAUAAUAAAUCAUCACGAUGGCAGGGAAUAGCCCAGAGUUAAAAUGGCAAAAAAGCAAAAAAAUAAUAAAGCUGUCUGCUACAAGGUUUAAAGUAUUACUCAGGAAAAGGUGGAAAAGAGACGUCUACGAGGUGCAGUGAGCGCUCUUUUCAGAAGUUUGUGACUUCCAAGAGGAUUUUUCUUAUGUUUUAUUACUUGUUGAAUGAGUGUGACAUAAACAGACUGCUGCCAGCUCACCUGAGCACUGAAAACACUUUCUACUUGGCUAAAUAGAGAUUAUGGUACUUUCGUGUCAAUGUGAAACUCCUGUUUUCUUAAAUAAGGGCCAUAUAUAUAGAUAUAUAGAUAGAUAUAUCUAUAUAUCUAUAUUUAUAAGAAUAUAUCUUGAUGUAAAAUAGCAGAUUUAAUCAUUCUGGGGAAGUGCCAGUUGAAGUUGAGAAGCAUGAGCGCUGCUUCUGGGGUAAAUGUUGUCUGUGAUAUAUUUUUGGAGAACAAAAAUGAUGUUCAAUGCUUAUCUUUGCCCCCCCCCACCCCCAAUGCCCCGCCCUCUGCUUCUUCCUCGGUUAUAGUUAUUUUAUAGAAUCCAGUUAGCACUUUGAGCCGUUUUCUUACAUUGCCAUGUCUGAUCAAUGAAGCGCAAACAUCAGGAAUGGACUGGCUUUUUGACAGCUGUGUUUGGGUAUAUGCAGAUGUGGUCUCUGGGUGGAGCAUAUUCUGGCUGAAUGAUGUGGAUACCCUUUGUUUGGGCAGCAUGGUUUAUAAGGACACGGGGGGUCAAAGGAGUUGACACAUGAAAGUGGGAUUCUUCAUCAUUUUCUUUCUCCUUUUAGGGAGGGCUUAGAUUUGGUUGGGAGGGUGUUUAAAAAAAUAAAGUACCAUUUACUCGGGAUAAUGUAAAUGUAUUUCAAACCUCUAGUGUUAGUUUUGACUUGUUACUUAGAAGCUUUGCUUUCUUAAUGAAUUUGAUGACAAAUGUGUUAGUGGUCAAGUAUUUUCUUCAGCUGUUACUGAGAGGCAGCCAUAAAUACUGAGCAAAAAGGUGGCUGACCAAAAAGUUGUGUGCGUUUAGGCAUUUCACGUGUGCUGGCAGUACCAAGCGUUAUGUCUUGUUAGAAUUUGGGUGCCUAUUCCUGUGAAGUGCAGGCUGCAAGAUUAUUGUCUAGUAAAUGUUAAAUUUCUUGCGGAUUUUUUUUCUCCAUGUAUUUAUGUACAAUUCUUUCGUAAAGCCAACAAUAAGUACGCUGUCUUCCUACAACUGGCCUUGAGUGCUAGAAAAUGAUAUCGCUCUGCUGAAUGAGUGCUUGAACCCCUUUACACCCCGACGGCCUGUUUUCAGCAAUCAUUAAACACGGCAGAGUGAACGCGAUGCGUGACGUCUGCAGUAACGUGUCGCCGUGCUGAACGGCGGAGGCGUUAAAAGGGAUUUGCCUUGCGUAUACCUCAUAUCAUAGUGAACCAGGAUAAAGGAGUGAAGGUUUGAUGUAUGUAGCAGAGCUGCUGCUGUAUGUAUGGAGGGGAUAAAAAAAGAUGUCAUGUUUCUGUGCGACUAGCUUAGUGUACAUGCCAUUUAUGUGACCCACUAAGACUUACGGGUUAAAGUAAAUGUCUUAUGCCAGCCAGUGUUCAUCUCUCCAGUUUGACCGAUAUCCAGAUCUAAUUAGCCAUAUUGUUUCAAUAUGCUUAUUGUUUACAAAGAAAAUGUACAAAACACUAAAUCUUAUUCUGACCCCUGUAUAAAUUGUAUUUUACUAUAUUACUCCCCUGCCCCCCUCCCUCCCCUUUUUUUUUAUUUUUUUUUUUUUAUUGGCACCACAUUUUGUAGCUGAUCUCCUCCAGCUCCUUGUGACAUGUUUCACAAGACUGUAUUUGUCCAAUGAAUUUAAAACUGAUUAGGAAGAAAACAAUAAAUACUGUUAUCAAGA